ACAGCUGGUGCAGUGAGAGAGUUUUUUUUUCUUAUCUUCCAAUGUGUGAUGGAGUCUGUUUUUUUCACCGUUAUUCUUGUUUCUUCCUUUGAGGUGUAUUCCUCUCACUCUGGCUCCACAGACUGGAAAGAUGCAGUGGUUGUUAGAGAGGGUUCUCCUACCACCUUGGUCUGCACUGAUAGAACAGUGAGGGGCGCCGUGGCCAUUAACUGGAUGGUGAAGUCCCUUAGUAUGGAUGAAUGGAAACUGGUUCUCUCAGCCAACGAGGGGAAAGAGUUCUCUGGUGGUGCUUCGAAGGCAUCGAUGCGAUUGAUUGACCCUAACUUUCAAGACACCGGGGUUUUCUCUUUAUUCCUUCUUCCCAGAGUGGAGGACGGCGGUCUCUACUCAUGCCAGAUACAGCAACAAAAGAGGAAAUUGAAGGAGAAGAUUAUCCUCUUAGCCAUCCUUACAGUCACUGUUGUCCCCGCUGCACCCAUCCCUCAGCUCAGCACCCUGCGUCUCACUGCCAGUGUUAAUCCUGGCUACGCCGUCGCCAAGAUCACCUGGGCAGCACCUAGCGGCGCUUCCAUGAAGAGCGAGAAAGAGCCGAAUAAAGGCACAGUGACCAAACUGCCAAUGGUCCAGAUAAGUGACAGCGGGGCCUAUGUCUGUACGGUGUGCCUGUGGGAUAAAAAUCUUUUCACCUUCAAUGUGGACGUGAAUGUUGCUGCUGACAAAGUGGCCUCAUUCACCAAUAUAACAUAUGAUGAAGAGAUCAAAACAGCUGCUCGGGCUCAGACACCUUUUACCCUGACCUGUCCUGGUGUCAAGGGGGACUACGUCCGGCUGUACUGGCUACGUCCAGACAGUAAGAAGCACAGUGAUAUAAAGCUGCUGUACCAGAACGACCGCUGGGGGGGUUCCACCUUUUACAUCAAUCACAGCAAGAAACUCGAGCUCGCAGGCCCACCCUACAACCCAGAGGCCGGGAGCUUCUCCUUUCUUCUCACCCCUGGGUUAAAAGAUGGCGGCAAAUACACCUGUGAAGUGCUCCUUGACGACAACGCCUCCAGCCUCAGGACCAUACUCAGCCUGCUGAAAGUUGAAACCCGCCAUUCCUCCUCAAAGCUGGAAUUGGGGUGCCAGUACACAGAGCGGUCCCAGGUCCAAAUUGCCGGUUGGAAAUACCAGAAUAAGAGUCGUCGGCUGACGUCUUUUAGCAUCAGCCCUGGCAGCAUCAAGGUCAUCCUGCCCUUACCCAUCACCUCGGAAACAGCCGGGAACUACACCUGCACCCUACAGCUGACAAAUGGGCAGACUGUCUGGGCAACGCAAGCCGUCACACUGCCCCAUGAAGUAGAAGGUGUCAGUGUGACCACCCCCUCCCUGCUCCCUUCUCUCUCUGCUUUAUUACUCCUGGUGCCCCUGGUUGCUGCAGCUGUCUGUGUGUUGCUAUGGAGACAGAAACACAUUUCUGAUCGCGGUAUUGAGCAGUCUCUGUCUGUCCACUCGGGUGAGGCAGAGAACAUCUAUGAGAAUCCUGAGGAUAUCAGACAGGCUCCUCCCCAGGGCUCAGUCUACAUGGAUCUGAAGCCAAGAGGAGAGGAUGAUGUCUAUAAGGAACUGGAGCGAUACUAACAGUGUCAGAGCUGAUCACCUACCCACAUCUCAUCCUCAUCUAGCUGUCACAUCCGCUUGGUUUCCAGCUGCAGCAGAAGGCCUUUAUAAACAAAAGUACCAACUGAAUGUCAGAGUUGGGAUUUGAGAAAAACUUCAGUGCUUCAGGGAAAUGCAACUCAAUUGCUUGGAUGUUUUAUUUGUGUUUUAAACUAUUGCUCGUUAUAAGUACUUCAUUACUGAUUUGCUUUGAUGGCUAUCUACAAAUAGAGGGAAAAAAAAAAAUGUGUCCAAAAUGUGUGGAAGUUAAUCUGUUAUAUAGUUUUUUGAUUUGAGCAUUUGUUAUUGAACCAGUUGUCUUGUAUUUCUAUGGAUAUCUGUAUUUAAGCAAAUAAAUGUCCAAAUAAACAUGUCUGUAUUGCAGUGGUGUAUAGUAACGAAGUAGAAAUACUUCGUUACUGUACUUAAGUCGUUUUUUUGGAUAUCUGUACUUUACUUUACUAUUUAUAUUUCUGUUGACUUUCAUUUUUACUUCACUACAUUUUGCAAAGAGAACUGAUACUUUGACUCCGAUACAUUUCCCCUGAAACCUUCGUUAUUCGCUACAAAAUCAAAUCUAUCUUUAGGAAAAAAAUGAAUCAUGAGACCAACAUCGGGGACUGUGGUGGAACACAGACUGCAAGCAAGCAGGUUAGUGAAUCAGUGGUCCUAGCUAGCAAGUUAAAUCACUGGUUAAUCACGUUAAUGCGCAAUUGCAAACAAGUGCUCUCAAAGCCGGUUUGUUGAUUCCCAGUGAUGCCAGCUAGCGAGCGACCACAUGAGUAGAGUUCCACUCUGCGAUGACUGGUUUCAUGAUGGAAGCAGAAACGGAAGCACCUGCUACUCCUAACAAACCACGGUGGAGACGAAGACCAACACCUGUGGCCAUAUCUGCGAGAAAUGUUUUCUUAUGUUGGAGUGAAAGACUCUUCGUACCGGAUGAAGAGCCUCUUAUGCCCAAAGCUACUGAAAUAUUGGCAUUCAAACACUCCCCAUCCAACCUCAGGAAACACAUUGAGGUAAAUUAAGAUUAAUCCCAUGAGCCGCAACGUUAAUGUUUAGUUAUCAUAAUUAGCAUAAACCUGUUCAGAUAUCUAGUGUUUCCCACAGGAUUGGAGUAUAUCUUUGGCGGGGGAGACAGGUGUCUGAUCUUGUAAUUUAACUACACAUGGUGUAUGUUAGGCUGCUGUCUCUGUUUGUACCUCCUUGUCCUUGGUCAUGGUG